GCGCGGGGGCCGAAAGGAGGUGUUCGUGCGCGCCAGCGGGGAGGGUUGCGGAGUGUGCGCAGUGAGAGGCCUAGGCUGGGGGCUCAGUCCCAACAUGAUGGCUGCAUAACUGCAUCCAAGGCAUGGGUAUCCAGAAAGUGGCCCCAGGGAGUUCUACAAUGCAAAUGCCACUAUCCUUAAUAUAGAAGUGAAUCUAGUGGAGACUUGUGUAGCUUCUCCUAUUAAAAACUGACUACAAUGUCUCAUUGCAUUGGACUCCUGUCCAUUGCCUCUAAACUGAGUUUGCUGGUUUUGCUGCUUUCUGCAUUGUGCUUCUGUUCAUGCUUAAGUGACAGAAUUCCAGAGUUUGCCCUCACAAAAACAGAAGAAAACGACUUAAAAGAAGAGAAUAACAAAGAGUCAGUAGCAGAGGAUGAUCUUGAUCCUGAAGACUUAGAAGUGUUUUACCCAACAUAUCAGUGGCAAACAGUCCGUCCAGGUCAGGCUGUUCCUGCAGGGUUACACGUGCGAUUAAAUCUUCAAACAGGGGAAAGAGAAGCCAGGCUUCCAGAUAACAAAAAUGAAAAAAGUGACAUGAAAGACCAGAAGAAAAGGAAAAGGCUGGACGAGAUGCAUAUCAACUCAAACUCAUUUACAUCACAGGAACUCAAAGAGGCUUUGGCUAAAAUGAAGGAAAAAGAAAAGACAGAAAGCACAAUGGAACAAAAGACUAAUCUGGAAGAUGUGAGACAAAGGUUUCGUCCCAUAGAAGAGCUGAAGAAGGAGUUUGAAGAACUCAACAUGAAGAUAGAAACUGAUUUUGAAAUUAUGGUGAAAUUAAUCAACAAAUUCAAUAGCUCUACUUCUACUCUGGAUGAAAAAGUAGCAGCACUGUACGACCUUGAAUAUUAUGUUCAUCAGGUGGACAAUGCAAAAGACUUUCUUUCCUUGGGUGGACUUCAGCUUGUGAUUAAUGGAGUAAACAGCACCGAGCCUGUGCUAAAGGAACAUGCUGCCUUUGUCCUGGGAGCUGCACUAUCUAGCAAUCCCAAAGUUCAGGUGGAAGCAAUUGAGGGUGGUGCUCUACAAAAACUGCUGGUUAUUUUGGCUACGGAACAACCAUUGGCUGUGAAGAAAAAGGCUCUCUUUGCUUUGUCUUCAAUGCUGAGACACUUCCCCUAUGCCCAGCUGCAAUUCCUCAAGCUUGGUGGCCUUCAAGUACUUAGAAAUCUCUUCAAAGAAAAAGGCAUGGAGAGUCUCUACAUACGUGUUGUGACGCUGCUCUACGACAUGAUUUUGGAAAAGAUGCUGCUUGAGGAUUCAGAGAACAAGGAGGACCAAAUGGAAGAGAAAGUUCAGCAGUACAAACAAGUGAACCUGGUGCCAGCUGUGGUGGAACAGGGCUGGUGUGUGAUUAUUUCCAAUCUCCUGGCAUUGCCGGAGCAUGACACUCGAGAAAAAGUUCUAAAAACAGUGCACAUUCUGAUGGCCGCCUGCAGGGACGGAUACCAAGGGGACUAUGCCCUCAGCACCACACUGAACAUGCUCCGCACCGAGUACGAAGAACUGGCAGCAGAAGAACAAAGGGAAGGGGACAACGAUGGCUAUUUUAAGGAACUCCUUAGCUCUAUAAAUACCAUUAUUCAGGAGUUAAGAUCAGGAUAUCUGUAAUCUGACUGAGCUUUAAAAAAAAAAAAAAUUCAUGACAACCUGGUGAAUUUUGACGGACGUGCAUAAACAAACUAUUGAGCAAACUGCUGGUCUAAGCAAAAUCCCUCCACAAGGCAAGUGAGCCAACAGCUCCAUUAUUAAAGAAAGAUACAAACAUUUUGGGGAGUGUUUUCAUUUCACAUUUUGGUCCAUGCUAAUAUACCAGAUAAUGGGAUAUAUGUGUUUAAGGAAUAUUGCAUCUUGUCCUCAACCUCUAAUAUGUUUAAUGUAAGUGACAGAAUGUUUAAAUCUGUUUAGUAAAAUGCAGAUUCUUCAGGUUCCAAAGAACGGAUGCAUUUUUGAUCACAUACUUGCUAAUUCAGGUAACUAUACAUCUGUGCUUUGUAAAGGAAAAAGACUUUCCCACGAAACUGUGAUCGGUCUUUGUUCUUUUUUUAAUGGUGACCCUUUCUUUUGCUGCUUUACAAUUUAUACAGAAGGAUCGAAAGCUGCUGUUAGGUUUUUAUUUUUAAGUGUGCUUUCUGCUUGUGUCUUCCCUCAGAAACACCACCACUAUCAACGCUUGUCUUCCCUGGAGGUCUGCAUAGAGGACUCAUAGAUUCAGAUUAGGAGCCUUCUCAGACCUUUGUUGAAAGACGUUGAAUAUUCAACAAAAAAGAGCCUUUCUUCCAGCUAUUUGUUAGGGUUUUGAGUUAAAUAGAUGUUAACAAACCCCAAAUAAAAACUCAGGCAUUCUAAACAAAAAAUAAAUCAUUAGAAAUCA